UUCUCUUUUGCCCUUUUUUUUUUUAUUUCUGCUGUUGCUGCGAAGCUUCAUCGGCAGUCUUCUUUGAAAAUCUUCUAUUAAGCAAACGGGUUGCGGUUCCCUUCUUCCCUAACCCCCCUCUGUCCGGACCUCCGAUUGGUAUUUUGGACGAUCGAAUAAAAAACGAAGGUUCCCGUCUCCAACCAUGGAGCUCGAUAGAGUCUGGUCGAUUUCAAAGCUUCUCACAACUUGUCUUGUACUCGGCCAGGUCGCGCGUCCGGUCUUGGGCGUCCCUGUGGUGGAUGCGGGUGAUGCUCCGUUUCAGCAUGCCGUGAUAGGACAGGAGGUGCAGCCGGAGCGUAUCUACGAUGACAUGGAUUUACUUCUGCACUCUUCUGCUGCCUCCGAUGAGGAUAAUGCAGAUACAGUGACGGUUGGAAGCCAAGAUGGAGAGGAGAAGACGACCUUCCCCCGUCCGUCGUGGUGGGUAUCGACGCUGAGAGCGCGUCGUCUCCUCGCCCUCGCCAAAACUGGAGUCGUCUCGACCGUCUUCCCAGAUCGUAUCCCGCCCAGUUCCUUCGCUCCCCCUGACGUCGCAGGCGUAUCGGUUCCGCUGCCCGAAUACGUCGCAGACUGCGACGAAGCCCUCCCCGACGGCAACGGCGGAGACGGCAGCCCGACAUUUGUCGGUCUAAAAAUCUCCACGACCUUCCGCAACACAGCCGCCGGAUCGAACAUCAGCCUUUCUCUCGACUGGUGGGAUCACCUCGACGAGACGCGACCCAUCUACCCUGGUUUCCCACUCAGUCCGGCAGGUCUUCCGCGCGUGACGCUAUUCGGAUACGUAGUUCCCUUCGAAACCCCCCUACCCAGAGGCACGAAGAGGGCUCUCGAAUCGUGCUAUCUGGCUAAACACCCCGACGCGAGAGUCUGGUUACCGGACCAGAAGUUCUCUCCGCACGAGAGCUUUUGGGCCAAGAUGGUUGUCACCCAUGUGUAUUGGAUCGGUGGGUUUGGAGAUACCCAGCAGAUCGGUUGGAUGAAUAUCACUGAGUGGUCGGGGAUUCGUCGUAAGGGUAGUUUGCCUGGAGUCGGUGAUGGACGUGGUUGGGAUGAUGUUAGGUUGCCGGGUGAGAAUGGUUAUUACUCCUAACUUGAGCUUUUGUUUUUUCCUCUUGGCGGGCAUUAGGAGUAGUAUGUAUGUAUGUAUGUACAUGCUGGCGAGGAUGACUGUCGGGUAAGGCAUGAUGAGAAACGAAAACGAAACAUCUGAUGCAAAUUGACGAAUCAUCGAUGAGUACAUACUUGCCAUGGGCAGUGCGACUCGAAUACACAACAGCAUGAACGGUUACAAUACAUAGUAUAAGCAAUAGGCAAUGGCAAUCACUCACCCAAAACAUGUUCCUUAUU